AUGUUUCUACUUUACGAAUAUGAUAUUUUCUGGGCAUUUCUAAUAAUAUCAAGUGUUAUUCCUAUUUUGGCAUUUCUAAUUUCGGGAGUUUUAGCCCCGAUUAGCAAAGGGCCAGAGAAGCUUUCUAGUUAUGAAUCGGGAAUAGAACCAAUGGGCGAUGCUUGGCUACAAUUUAGAAUUCGGUAUUAUAUGUUUGCUCUAGUUUUUGUUGUUUUUGAUGUUGAAACGGUUUUUCUUUAUCCAUGGGCAAUGAGCUUUGAUGUAUUGGGUAUAUCUGUAUUUAUAGAAGCUUUAAUUUUCGUGCUUAUCCUAAUUGUUGGUUCAGUUUAUGCAUGGCGAAAAAGAGCAUUGGAAUGGUCUUAG